UUCUUUUACUUUUUCUAGAAGCAAUAAAAGAAUGGGGAUGCCCAAGUAGAAUAAGAGGUGAUCAUGGGCUAGAGAAUUGUAAAGUAGUAAAAUGGAUGCUUUUAAACAAAGGAUUAAAUAGAGGUAAUUAUAUUGCAGAACAAAAUUUAUUAGAUAUAGAUAACAACAUAAAUACAAAUUCUUUGCAUUAUGUAUAUAUUCCACAAGUUAAUUUGACAUUAGAUUUAUUUGCUCAAUCUUGGAAUUUUCACUCUAUAUGGACCGAAAAACAUUUAACACUAAGGCAAUAUUUCUUAAAAGGAUGGUUGAAUGUGGUUUUUGUG